GAAAAACUUGGAAAAAGCGACUUUUCGUGCUGACCUAUUCUGAAAUCUCAUAUAUCGACGGAGAAGUGGUAAAGGGGAAGAUUCCGUUGGAAAGGAUCACAGAUCUGGAAAAAACCGAGAUGGAUGACCGCAGUAUCUAAAUUGGAGCACGUAUCACCGCUAGAAUAUUGUCUUCUGGUGAAAACGGACGAUGACUUUAAUAAGGACUACACCCUCAGUUUUGACAAUGAGGAAACGAGAGAAGACUGGAUGAAGGCUCUGUUGGCGGCCAAGGAGAACAAGCCUGUUCCAGACUCUGCAAAUCGCGCUUUUGUAAAGAAGGACGACGAGGACACGAUGGAGGACUCCAUGUCCUACUUUAACCGCAUGCUGACCGCUUUUGGAGGGACCUAUCGCGAGGACUCGUUCCAGGACGUGAUUCUUCGCCUUGCCUCCUUUUUUGGCCGCAUUGCGUUCACGGGUCUGAUGUCUCCCGACGAGCUGAUGUCGCACUGCGAGCAGGUCCGCAAGAUGGCGAGUCGGAUCCGCGUGGAGAUGCAGCACUCCAACCUGAUGACGCAGGACAUCGAGCAUCUCUUCAACGACCUCAACAGCUCCAUCGACUACUGCCUCAAGAACUGUCAGCAGUACGCAUUCCCGGGUUGUCUUCCCUGCAGAAUGAAGCUCCGCAGCUCGCAGGAGCCCUCGUCCGACUCCUCGGCCAGCUCGCUCACCCCCGCGGCGUCGGCUGCGUCCGGAGCGUCAGGCGCGUCGGCCGCGUCGCCGGGCGCGUCGGUGGAGGGAGCGUCGCGCGGCGUGGCGCAGCACGGGGGUUGGAAUGGGACGCAGGAAAUCAAGGAGACGCUGGGGUCGGGCGCGUACUCGGUGGUGUACGCGGCGGUGGACAAGCAGACGCACCAGCGGUACGCGGUGAAGUGCAUAAAGAAGCGCGAUCUGCAGAAGAGCGACGUGCAGUCGCUGAAGAACGAGGUGUUCAUCAUGGGGCAGCUGGACCAUCCGAACAUCGUGCGGCUGGAGGGCUUCUACGACGACAAGGACUACUACUACAUCGUGUCGGAGCUGGUGGACGGCGGCGAGCUGUUCGAUAAGAUCGUGGAGAAGAAGUUCUACAACGAGAACGAGGCGCGCGCGGUGGUGAAGACGCUGGUGGAGACGGUGGGGUACUGCCACAAGAAGAACAUCGCGCACCGCGACCUCAAGCCGGAGAACAUUUUGGUGGACAGUCGCACGGGCGCGAUCAAGAUCGCCGAUUUCGGGUUCGCGAAGAACACGUCGAGCACGGAGACCGGCCGGCUGGCGACGGACUGCGGCAGCCCGUGGUACGUGGCUCCGGAGAUCUUGAAGGGGCAGUUCUACGGAACGGAGGUGGACAUGUGGUCGCUGGGCGUGAUCAUCUACAUCCUGCUGUGCGGCUACCCGCCAUUCCACGACAGCAACCAGCCGCGGCUGUUCCGGAAGAUCCGCGCGGGGCAGUACCGGUUCGACUCGCCGUACUGGGACAACGUGAGCGACCAGGCGAAGGACCUGAUUCGCCACUUGCUGGUGGUGGACCCGACGCAGCGAUACGACGCGCAGCAGGUGCUGAAUCAUGAGUGGUUCCGAACCAGCACGCUGCCGAGCAAGAUCGAGCUGGGCUCGGCGAUUCGCGAGCUGCGCACGUUCAACACGCAGCGCAAGGGAAUCAUCAAGCAGGGCUAUCUGGUGAAGCAGGGACACAUCAUCCGGAACUGGAAGAAGCGGAGCUUCGUGCUGCUGCGCGACGAGCUGAAGUACUACAAGUCGGAGACGGAGAAGAAGCCGCGCGGGAAGAUCUGCAUGGAGGACAUUUUGGAGUAG